CAUGAUUCUACCCAACCCAUGCCAACAACAAACCCAUACAUACUUCAAGUGGUUGGAGGGACUCAGAUCGGGCCUGGAGGUACCGUAACAGUAACCUUGAGGGCGUCUGGAUCCCAAGUUUUCAAAGGUUUUCUUCUUCAAGCCCGUCGUGUUGGACAGACUGCACCGUACGGAACGUGGGUUGGCCUACCGGCAAACACAAGAGUCACGACUUGUCAGGUUGCUGGAGAUACAGCAACUCAUUUAAACACACGGUCUAAGACAUCGCUAACAUUUACAUGGCAGGCCCCUAACACCAAUACAGGAACAGUGGAAUUUUACGCGACGGUAGUCCAGUCUUAUACAAUUUUCUGGGCCCCACUUAGAUCGGCACAAAUAACAGUAUCGGGUUCUUCAUCUGGUGGUAAUGCUUGCUCAUCAAACCCUUGUCAGAAUAAUGGAGUUUGCAACCCGCUUGGAACAAGCGGGUUUCAAUGUUCCUGUCAACAAGGAUUCACUGGAAGUGUAUGCACAACACCAACGACAGGUAGCGCAGUGUGUUCUCCCAAUCCAUGUCAGAAUGGUGGCUCUUGUGUGGUUACCGGUGCAAGCUCAUACAGAUGUAACUGUUUAACUGGUUCAUCGGGGAGUGUAUGCCAGAUUAUAGCACAAGGAAAUGCAUGUUCAUCUAAUCCAUGUCUGAACAGUGGGCGUUGUUCUGUGGUUGACUCGACAUACGUGUGUUCAUGUCAAUCAGGUUAUACAGGUCUGCAAUGUCAAACUUCACCAGUUCCAAGCCCAGUGUGUUCUCCCAAUCCAUGUCAAAAUGGUGGCUCUUGUGUGGUUACUGGUGUAAGCUCAUACAGAUGCAACUGUUUAACUGGUACAUCGGGGAGUGUAUGCCAGACUAUAGCACAAGGCAAUGCAUGUUCCUCCAGUCCUUGCUUUAAUGGCGGGCAAUGUUCAGUGACUGGAGGGGGAUCAUCCUAUGUUUGUGCCUGCCAGGCAGGGUACACUGGUCUACAAUGUCAAACACGAAGUAGUCCAUGUUCCUGUAAUCCUUGUGGUAAUGGUGGCCUGUGUGCACCAAGUGGAACAUCGUUUCUCUGUACAUGCAUGCCAGGGUUCACCGGCGUACAAUGUCAAACAUCAAAUCCAGACCCAGUGUGUUCUCCCAAUCCCUGUCAGAAUGGUGGCUCUUGUGUGGUUACCGGUGCAAGCUCAUACAGAUGUAACUGUUUAACUGGUACAUCGGGAACCGUAUGUCAGACAAUAGCACAAGGUUCAGUGUGUUCUCCCAAUCCAUGUCAGAAUGGUGGCUCUUGUGUGGUUACCGGUGUAACCUCAUACAGAUGUAACUGUUUAACUGGUACCUCAGGAAGCGUAUGCCAGACUAUAACACAAGGUUCAGUGUGUUCUCCCAAUCCCUGUCAGAAUGGUGGCUCUUGUGUGGUUACCGGUGCAAGCUCACACAGAUGUAACUGUUUAACUGGUACCUCAGGGAGCUUAUGCCAGACUAUAACACCAGGUUCAUCAACUCCUUGCUCCCAAAACCUAUGCCUGUAUGGAUCUACAUGCCAACUUCUAAGUAGCAAUUCUUUCCAAUGUGUGUGUGUAUACGGAACCAGUGGAACAUUCUGUGGAAAUCUUGACAAUGCAUGUGGAUCCAGCCCCUGUCUGAAUGGAGGCCAGUGUACUGUAGUGGGAACAUCUUAUCAAUGUGGAUGCCAAACAGGGUUCUUAGGACAACAAUGUCAAAUCAGAGAGACUUCAUGCAGCAGUAAUCCAUGUCAGAAUGGUGGCCAAUGCUCAGUGUCUGCAGGAUCAGCAUUUACUUGUACAUGUCCAAUUGAGUACAGAGGCUCAGUUUGCCAAAAUACGGCUUGUUUCUCCAACCCAUGUCAGAACGGUGGACAGUGUUCAUCACUCAGUGGGGGGUAUUCCUAUCAGUGUGUUUGUCUCUCUGGAUACACGGGUACAAGAUGUGAAGUAAGGAAUCCAUGUUCCCCAAAUCCCUGUAUUAAUGGAGGAUCUUGUACAAGUCCAAAUGUCAAUACCUUCCAAUGUGAAUGUACUACUGGAUGGACUGGUACUGAUUGCUCUACUCGAUCCGAUGCUGUUUGUGCACAAUCCAACCUAUGUCUGAAUGGUGGUACAUGCCAGCCCAAUAAUGGAGGGAGUUUUAUCUGCCAGUGUGCUCAAGGAUUCGAUGGCAUCAAUUGCGAAAGACAAAUUUCCCGAUGUUUGCCGAAUCCCUGUGUAAAUGGAGGAACAUGUCGGAUAUCUGGAUCAGCGUUUACUUGUAGCUGCCCAACUGGCUAUGUUGGCAUCACAUGCCUCUUUCCAGAUUUAUGCACCCCUAACCCCUGCAAUAGAGGAGCAUGUAGUCAAAGUCUUGGCCAAUCAGCAUACACCUGUACAUGUAAUGCUGGAUACAAAGGAGAGCUGUGUAAUGUACAAGCACUGUGCAACCCCAAUCCGUGUGUGAAUGGUCAAUGCACACAGAAUGAUCUAACGCUUUCGUUCUCCUGUCAGUGUAAUCUUGGAUUUCUUGGGACUACCUGUGCUCAAGAACGUAUUGGGCCUUGCGUUGCAGUACCGUGUCUCAAUGGUGCCAUGUGUCUGGAGAAUCCAGAUAAAAUCAACUUUGAGUGUGCAUGUGCUAUCGGAUACGGAGGAACGUUGUGUGAGGAAGCUAUACUUCCAGUCUUCCAGAACUGCCCAAUGUUUGAAAUUGUCAUCGUCAAACUUGACGAAGCAGAGAAUUACUCCACAGUAGACAUGGGUAUCACAGCGAUUGUACCCGAUAGUCCACCCCCAACGCUGGAGGUCAUCACUGGACCGAGCAUUCCUGGACGGGUCACAUACAGUGAAGAGUUUAGAACUGGAGUAGAGGUGGUGAUAAAAGCAACGAGCCAAGUUGGAAUGACCGCAGAAUGUCAUUUCAUUCUCAUCUUAUUUGAUGAUCAAAUGCCAUCGGUGCAAUGUCCAAAUGAUGUCAUUAAAGUAACCUAUGCAGCAUCAGACAUAGUUGAGUGGGAACCAGCCACUGCCACAGAUAACCUAGCCCAACCAUCGGAAAUAACCCUGAGCUACAGUAUGAACAGCGGCACAAUCUUCUACUCCAAUGUAGAUCCAUUACCAAGGACUGUGACAGUGACGGCUACAGACACUUUUGGGAAUAAAGGAAUAUGCAAGUUCAAUGUCACAUUGAUAAGACCACCAAAUUCCCCAUCCCCAAUCUUCCGUAACUGUGAAGAUGGAGAGACCUUCACAUACCAUCUAAGAAGCAACACCAACGUAGCGUACGUCAGCAUGGAGGCUAUUGAGGCAGUGGACUUCUUGGGGAACCCUGCUUUCAUCCGUCAGGUAGAGGGCCCACGGAUCGAUCUACCUGGUGACUUAACUUAUAACAGCAUCUAUAGAGAGGGACAGAAGUUUGUCUAUCAAGCAAUAGACCCCGGGACCAACCAAACUAGGAUUUGUACGUUUUAUAUCAAGCUACUAGACAGCGAACCCCCCAAGCUAGACUGCCCUGCAAAUAUUGCCGACAGGACAACCGCUAGCACCAAGGCGAUUUUCUGGAAUCAAGCAGAAGUGACUGACAAUCUAGGAUUGCCCGAAGGUGCAACCAUCUCGUAUGCUCCUAAAAAUGGCACAGCCUUUGAAGCUAAUGAGAAUGGUUGGUCUUAUGUUGUAACAGCAUCGACAACAGACACAUUCAGUAAUGUCGGGGAGUGCGAGUUUUCUGUAACAUUGUACAAGUUUGACAUUGUUUGCGAGACAUUUCCCGGCUUAGCCAAUGGAUCAAGUGACUGCUCCGUGGCCUUAGAUGGUAGGAUGGAAUGCCGUGUGUCAUGUGACGAUGGAUUCUUCUACGCACCAGCGGACAAUCGCUUCAAAUGUCUGAUCACUUCAACUAAAGCUAUCUGGAAUCCGUCACCAAACAUCUUUAAUUUAUGCUCUCGUCCAACAGCUGGAAGCAGCAUCAGUAAGACAGUUACAGCAGUGUACCCUUUCGACUCAAGCACUUGCGACGCAACCAACAAAGUCUUUGUUUCAAACAUAGAAACCAGUAUCCAAACAAGUCUUAGAGAAUAUCAGAUGUGCGAGCGAGGUUACGCAAGAGCCUGUACCCCUGGAAGUGUGACGUCUCGUUGUGGUGUGGUGUCGUCUACGAGCCGGAAACGACGACGUCGUGCCUUCACUGAUUUGACUGUAGAUAUUGAGAUCGAGGCUCCGGCUGCUUUUACCGGUGGAUCGUCUCUGAGUGAAGUCAAGAAAGACGUCGAUGAUCUUGCACGGGAUAUCAUGAGGCUGAUUGAUGACAAGAUUCUGACGUUGAUGAUCAACUCUGACAUUGUGGCGAGGAUUUCAUCUCAAGUUUCAUUGGAAUACAAGUGGACGUGCCCUGAUGGAUACAGCAGUGUAACAGGAGGAUGUGUUGCAUGUCCAGCUGGCACCUUCUUUAACUAUACAUCGAGAGAGUGUCUAUUCUGUAGAAGAGGCUACUACCAAGAUCAACCUAAGAAAGGAGGUUGUAUCCCCUGUCCAAGUGGUCACAACACAGAUCAGAUGGGAAGUCAACAAGAAAGUGAUUGUGUUUCAAACACUGCACAGUUGGUACAAGAGUGGACGCCAUUGCUGAUCGCUGUGGUCGUCAUAGCUAUUUUAUUAUUCGUCAUUCUUAUCAUUGGCAUCAUGUGCAUCUGUACCUGUAUCCCAUCAUCAAAGAAAAAACAUUACAGAGAAAAAGAUCUGGAUGGUUCCCUCUCAAAUCUCAAAUACUUGAAUAAAGCUUACGAGGAAGAUUAUGAGAAGAGUCGUUCAAGAGGUCUCCAUAGAUUAACGACGAAGCGUCAAACCUCACCCAGUAGGUCAUCUACAGCGACCGGCUACAUUACAAUGUCCACAUCCAGGGGAUCCCAUCAUCAAGGUGAUAUGAUAUCAAUAGACUCAGAUGAAUAUCGGCAGGAUGUCCAUGACGGACAGACAACACAUUAUAAUCAUGGUAAUAACCGCAAGAGGGAUUCUGGGGAAUCUUUUGGGCAUGUGUCAUUGGCAACGUUGGCAAGUAAUAACAGGGGUGCUUUUAGACCGCCUUCUCCGCAGCAAAGCUCUGUUUCUGAUUCACAGAUGAGAAGAGAACUUCCUGAUACUGGGCUGUAAACUUAGAACUUUGUCAUGCAGUGGCCAUUUUGACAGAUACCCUGUCUCAGCCACUACAAUUAUGCCUAAUGCAUAACAAAGAGACCAGACUGCUUACUCUUUGAAUCUGGUUUUAAUUGUAUGUAUGUUAGUUGUUGAAGAAGAGAAAGAAAGAUAGAGGUGCUGAGUUAAAUGUGUAUUUCAAAUUCAUAAUAUUUUGUGGUUCAUAGUGUUUAAUACGUAACUCAACACCACAUCAUUUGACAUCUUAAAGUCACAUGAAACGAUUCACCAAAUUUAAACUGUUAUCAACUUGUGUUUUAAUUGCUAUCUUAACAGUCAUCAAAUGUGUGACUUUUCCCUUGGAAUGAGUGUCUAACACAGACAUUGUUCAAGUAUUAAAAUUGAAGUGUAUUUUGGUGCAAUGGUGGGACAAGCAUUAAUAAAAUUGUUUUCUUUUGAUUUUGCAGAAAUUAUCUAAAUUGUGUCCCAUCAGUUGAAGAGUGUACUUUGAUUUGUCCCACAUGGAACUAGAAUGUACUCGGCUCUACCAAGCAGCACAUAUCAGGAUAGAUCCAGUGUUUCGUUUUGGCAGUCAAACCUUAAGGAUUUAUGGCAAAAUUAAAUUGACUUUUUUAAAGUAAUUAUCCUUGUGGGUGUUUUCUGGCUACUCCUUGUUGUUAUCUUUGCCCGCCACUAGAGGGCCCCCAGACCUAGCCUUGGACUAGAAGGACACUUGGCUUAAAGCCAUUGGACACUUUUGGAACAGAAUUUUUUUUUUUAAGUUCACAGAUUUACAAAUAACUU